AUGAGCAAAUCUAAACUUUUACUCUAAUUUGCUCGUAAGGAGGCAAGACAACAAGAGGAUAAGCUUCUAGAGCUGGAGGCUAUGAGCAAUGUGGAAAAGGAGAUAUAGCUUCUUGAUAAUAAUGAUGUAUGGAAAUCGAAGCCCCUCAAGAUUAUUUAGAAAGUUGCCAUUUUCAUAACAAAAAUGAAGCACUUCUCAACCCAAUACAGAUUUAAAAUUUUGAAUAAGGACAUUUUCAAUUUGAUACAUGAUCUUAGCAGUUCAUUUCAAUACUAUCUGUAUAACCGUCUUUUGAGUUCAGAGCCUACUAAAUACGGUGAAAUAAAGUAUGAAGGGAAAUAAAACAACGCCUUUUGGUGGAGAAUAUGGGCGUUUCUUAAGAGCAAUUAAACAGUUCUCUUGCCAGCAGAUAAAUUUCUAUUUGUUUGGGAUGUUAUUUUAAUGCUUGUGACAAUUGUCAACAUUUUGUAUGUUCCUCUUCAGUUGUCUUUCGAUUUGAAUAAGGAACAAAUAGGAAGUGCCUAUUUAUUGUUUAGUACUUUACCAAGCAGCGUAUUCCUGAUGGAAUUAAUUCUAAAUUUCUUUAAGGGUUAUUAUGCAAAGGGAAUCCUGCACACUUCCAAGAAGGAUAUAUUUUGGCACUACAUAAAGGGAGAAUUCUUCCUUGAUUUGACAGUUGUACUACCGUUCAUACUAUCUUGGUUCGGAUUUUAGUUUGCGAACUACCUAAUGUUAAUAAGAAUGACAAAAGUAAGAAGAACAAUGGUAGUGAUUGAGGAAAUAUCAAAUUUCAAGGAAAAGACAGCAGUUAUCUAUUCUCUAUUUUGUUUAAUCUACUCUCUCUUAUUGAUAUCUCAUUUUUGUGCUUGUCUAUUUCAUUACUUUGCCAUUUUGGAAGUGGAUCUAGGCUAUUCCCAUACUUGGUUACAUCAACAAGAUAUUUAUGAAGCUGAUGUAUAUGUGAAGUACUUCACAUCUCUUUAUUGGGUGACCAUAACCUCGAUGACAGUUGGAUAUGGAGACAUAGUACCUGUUACUAUUCCUGAGAAAGUAUUGGUUACAGGAUUUACGUUUGUAGUGGUGGGUACUUUUGGUUAUGCAUUGGGUAUGAUAUAGAGUAUCUUUUCGAAAUUGGCAGAAUAAUAGAACAUUAAUAACUCUAAACUUAGACUUGUGAGUAAUCACAUAAAGCAAAGGGGGUUGAAUACUUAGUUGCAAUUUCGAGUGAGGAAAUAUAUAGAAUAUUACUUGUAAUUCAAACAGGAAGAAGAAUUGGAUUUGGAUGAAUUGAUAGGAUAGUUGAAUCCAAAAUUAAAAUAAGAAGUCUAAAUUGCAAUGUAUUACAGUUAUUUUAAACAAUCUAAACUGUUUGGAUAAAAUUUAUCAGAUGAUACUUUGAAGAAGUUAUGUUAUUGCAUUCAUGAAAAGACGUAUGCUCCCGAAGAGUUCAUUAUUAAGAAGGAUGAUCAUCCAGAUAAGGUGUACAUACUCUUGGCUGGAAAGGUGAAGUCAGUGUUAUUAGAUAGGACAAUUAAGAGAUAUACAAGUGGAAAGUUGUUUUGUGAAAGAGAAUUCUUCUUUUAAGAUUAUAUGUAAUUUGAUAUCGUAGCUUAAACCUUUGUCUAGGUUGCCUAUAUUACUUAGAAUGAAUUCUUGUCAAUUUUACAGAAUGACAGAAGUUAAUAUGAGAAAUACAGACUCAUUCUUGAUAAGACUCAAUUUGGAGAUUAUUCUAAUCAAAUAAAAUGUGAGGCUUGUUCUAGUCAUCAUUAAUUUAAACAUUGUCCUUUGGUUUUCUUGAGAAAAAACAAAAACAAAGUCAUUUCAGUCUACAAUAGUAGUGUCGAUCAUUUCAGAUAGCCAUUUGUUAGACAAAGGAAGAGAAAGAGAUAUAAUGUGCUUCUGGUUAGGGAGAAGGCUUUGGAGCAAAUGCUUGAUCAUCAAAAAUCAAUACCUCAAGUUGACAAUAAAUUGUUAAUCAGAUUAGGAUUCCCAAAACAAGAGGAGGAUGAUCUCGACAUCCCUGAGUAGACGAUUGGAUUACAUUCUCAGUAACAAUCUCUAAACCAAUAGGACAUUAAGAAUUUAUUUAGGAAUAAGAGGUUUCAAUAGGUGAGCAAUAGAAGUCUGUUAAUACCGAAUAACCAAUAUAAUAAUUAAGUUUACAAUCAAAAUUAUGAGAUCCAGGAGGAUCCUAAUCCUUAAAUCUUAAAUAAUGAUUUGAAUAUAGACAAAGUGUCAGAGUUUGAAAAGUACUAUCCUCACUUCAAUAUCACCAAAGUCUCCAAGUUGAUAAACAACUCCCAUGUUUAUAAUAAAGUCUUAUAGAAGAUUAGGGGUCACAAAAGUAAAUUUGUACACUACAUAGCUCGUUAAAUUAUGUACAAAAUAGUAUGA